GAAGAAGGAAGAAGGAGAAGAAACCUGCGACCAGGACGCGAAAUUUCGAAUAGUGAAUAAUCGAGUCCGUCGUGGAAUCGGAGCAUCGAUGAAAAUCGUCGUGGAUACCUAUUUAUGGUGAUUCAGAGUCGUGCACGUCGCACGUUGUCAACGACCGAGCGCCAAACGGAGAGAAAGGAAAAAUCUACCGAGGCAUCGAAGGAUCGUCCUGCUGCCUCGUGGUGUGUUACACGCGCCGUACGCGCGAUUAAGCCACGACGAUCGCUGCUGCUUCGCGGACCCACCGUGUCUUCUUCGACCCCCUUUUGAUCCUUUGGAGCGCGAGUGACAGGCCGCGUGUACAUCGAUACAUGCCAACCUACUUCGAUCGUCGACGAACGUCUUCUCGACGCGAGCAGGCAGGGCGGAUAAGUGAGACCGAGAUCGUAAAACGACCAGUUAACGGGAAAUAGUAAAAAUAAAAAGUGUGUAAAAAGAAGAAUCGUUUCCUUUUUUGUGGACAAAAACCAAGAACGAACGACGUGCUUUAUUUCCGAUAAAGGAAAAAGAAGAAAAAAAAAAAAAAAAAAAAAUACAGGAAAGGAAAGAGAAGAAAAGCAGACGACGAUCGGUGAAAGCGAGAGCAGCAUUGUGUUCGCGAAAAUCGAAGACACAGACGAGUCGUGUGGAUUCGCGCGUAGAUUCAUCUCCGCGUGUUCACGUUGUCGGCGACGAACAACCACAAACUGCACGACGACGACGACGACGACGACGAGGAGACCCGUUGUCGCGUGUACACGUUGGUCGUGCGUGAUUUUCACGAGGAUGGACCAGCGAGUGUCUUCGAGAUCCUGCGGACAGCACGAGACCGCGAGCAACGAUCGCGUGGCUUAGGGAAUCUCGGGCGGAAUUCGGCGGACUUCCCGAUCUGUGGAUUGUCUCUCGCGGAGACGGCCAGAGAGGAGAGAAAGAGGCGGAAAGAGCACACGCAUACACACAUACGAAGAGAGAGAGAGAGAGAGAGAGAGAGAGAGAAAUCGACACACGCACGCACGCACGCACACACGCGUAGAGGGAAGAGAGGACAGCGAACGGAGGACGGCGAAAGAAGGCUCCGCUCGUCGCGAUCAUCGCAUCCGACAGUCAAACGGUGGGUUUAGCACCGACGACGACAAGGACACCAGGCAAAGGAGCCCCACACUUUACUUUGCGUUCAACGAUCAAGGUGAAUAGACAUAACGAUGGUAGAUACGCAACACUUCUGUCUGCGAUGGAACAAUUACCAAAGCAGUAUAACGUCGGCGUUUGAGAACUUGAGGGACGAUGAGGAUUUCGUGGACGUCACACUGGCCUGCGAUGGCAAGAGCCUCAAAGCGCACCGCGUUGUACUCUCCGCCUGCAGUCCCUAUUUUAGAGAAUUGCUCAAGAGCACACCGUGCAAACACCCGGUGAUAGUACUUCAGGACGUGGCGUUCAGCGACUUGCACGCCCUGGUGGAGUUCAUCUAUCACGGGGAGGUGAACGUGCAUCAGCGUUCGCUUAGCAGUUUUUUGAAGACCGCCGAGGUCCUCAGGGUAUCGGGACUUACGCAACAGGCAGACCAAACAGACAGGGACGAGCUGUCCCACGUUCGCGCGUUAGCCGCCGGCGGUAAUCACCUUCCGUUUCACGAAAAAUCCGAGGAGAGUUUCCCCCGGGGUGGCUCGCCGCCGACGCCGGUAACCCCGACGCCGACCACCGUGCAGCAAUUGCUACGCCGGGCGCAGAUACGCAGGAACGAGAGACGAACGCCGGAUCCGCACGAUGAGUCGGCGAAGAAGCCGAGGGUGCCGUCGCCGCCACUCAACAACAACGACGCUACGCCCACGGACUUCUCGAUGGUGAAGAACAACCAUCUGUCGAGCAAGGUCGAGGGUAACGGCGUGCACGAGGAGAACAGCCCGCUGGAGGACAACAUCAAGUGCGAGCCGUUGGAGCUGACUGGCGGCAACAGCGGCAACGGGGGCAACAACGAGGACUCGUCGGAUUCCGGGGCUGCGGCGUCGGACCGGCCACCAGCAUCGGCCAGCAGUAACGAGCACGAGGUCGAGUCCGAGCACACGUCGACGCCGAACUUUCUGCCAGAGACGAAGAUCUUCCCGACGCCCGGCAGCUUUAAUUUCAGUAUGGCCGCGUUGACGGAGCACACGCCGUUGUCAGUGAAAUUUCCAGGAUUGGGCCAUGGGCUGCAACCACCGGACUUGGCAGGAACUUCGCAAGACCGGGAGGUCGCCGAGGAGGACGGGGGUUGGCAGUCCGCUACCAACGGAGACAGUCAACGGCAAAGCAACGGCCAAUCGUGCCAAAACGCCCUACCGGCGACUAGCCAGUGCGAGAUGAUGCAGGCUACUACCCAUCAACAGCAACAGCAGCAAGAACUUCCGAUUAUCGAUCUGUUAGACGACAUAAACGAUCAGAUGCAGAUCGUGCUGAAAUCGGAGCCGCUGUCGCCCAAGAUCGACGAGCUCGAGUCGUGUCUGCUCAACGAGCAGAUUGAUCUGCAGCCGGCAGAUCGAUUGCCAAGUGGCAAUGCCAGCAACGGCCAGCAAACGCGUCAGCUGAACGACGGCAACAGCCACAACAGGCAGCCUGUGCAUCAGCAACAGAGGGGUGGCACGUUGAACGAAACGGUCCCGUUCGCCGAUCUUCGUUGGCUGACGCAGAACGGGAACGCGCAGCAACCGAGGCCGAAGCUUCGCGAGGCGUCGAGGACGCAGGUCCUGGACCAAGAGAUGAAAUACUCUAGUCGCUCCAUCAGCGGUACAUACUGUAGCUUCUGUCAGAAGACGUUCUCGCGAGCGUGGUCCCUCCAGAGGCACCUGGCGGACACGCACUUUUACGUGCCGCAGUCGCUGUCCUGCGACCAAUGCGGCAGAAGCUACAAGUCGAGGAACAGUCUGGUCAGUCACAAGAGCCAGUACCACGCGAGAAAGGAGCGAAAGGAACACGAGGAGCAGUGCGAGGUCACGUACUGACCGACGCGCUGGAUGGUUUAGUGACCGAAUUUUCGCGCAUCGGAGGUCUUUCGCAUCCGGAGGGACGGCGAGAGACCGCGCGCGUGUGUGAUCUUCACUUCAAUGGCCAUUGAUCGCCGUUCUCUUCUCCGACGCAUGAGAAAGCAAAGAGACACGUCUACGCGUCUUCGUUCCAGCUGAUUCGCUGCUGAUUUUCUUUUUUUCUUUUUUGUUUUUUUUUUCUUUUUUGAAGCUGAUUUCUUUGUACAUACGUACCAAGUAGUUCGUAUCUUACCAAGUAGUCGUUUACUCCGCCGUUUCGUUCGCUUACCGACGAAACGCCGCAAUCCUAGUCUUCUGACCGUGAAACGAGUUACCUCGAUGCACGCCAAAGAAAGAGGUGCCAUCGCACGUGCCAUCGGGUUUUUCACCACCUACGCACGUUACCUCGGAGAAUUC